AUACAUCUGAUACUACACAGGAUUGUUUUGAUACCCCCAUCGGGCUCUUUCCUCCGACAUACUUGAGAGUAGGUGCCGACCAGGGUACAAUCCCAGGAGAAGUCGAAGGCUUCGAAGCCAUAGCAUGUUGGCCCAGUCACGUGCUAGCGUGGACCGUGUCGUGCUCGCGUCUUCGAGCAUCCAUGGGAAUCAACGACGUCAACAUUCAGCACCAUCGCAUGGACUGACUCGAUGAUUUCUUCGGCAUGGCUAGUCCUGGCACCACAGUGACAGACCUUCCCACGGAAAUUGAUAUUGACACAGACUAUGGCUCCGACUUUUCACCAGAGCAAGAGCAGAUAGUCGAGCGCCUCUUGUCAGGCAAAAACAUUGAGGACGAUAAUCCGAUAACCAACGAAAUCGAGCAUCAUGAUCCGCGGCAGAGCCUCCGACUACCUCGUAUCUUUGGCCGGGAAGAGAGGUCUCCUCUGUUCCAGGCGGCCAGGGCUGCAGAGAGAAUUGCUGAGCAGAUCGCCGAAUCUGUUAAGAGUGGCGAGCACGCAGACUUGAGUGAUCGGAUGGACAGUGUGCCUGGGCCAGAAGCCAUUGUCGAGCCACCGAGGGAAGACCUCGAUACUUCAGACCUAAGAUCUCCGACCGAACGAUUUCGUACACCACCGAAGAAAGCAUUGUCGGUGACGGAUCUCGUAUCUCCGGCAUGGUGUGAACUACAAUAUUGGUAUACUUUGACCAAACAUGGGAAGAAGAGACGGACACCAGCUAUGAAAGAAGGCACUCGUGUUCAUAAGACGCUAGAAGAGCAAGUCUACACGACCGUUCGAGUGGAGGUGCAAACAAGAGAAGACGCUUGGGGACUUCGAAUAUGGAAUGUCAUACAAGGGCUGCGGACAUUGCGGGAUACCGGCCAGACUAGGGAGUUGGAGAUAUGGGGAACGAUCGAUGGACUUGUUGUCAAUGGGGUUAUUGACGAACUAUCAUAUAUAUGUCCAGACACAGACCUGGAAGAAUCGCUGCAGAAAUCCCUGGUUGAGCCACCCUCCGACCAGACUUCAAUUGCAGAUUUCUUCAAAGCCUCGGGGGCAAAGUCCCUGGAGGAAGCGACGAGAAGUAAGCGACGGACUCAAUCGAAGAAAGUCUAUCUCUGUGAUGUCAAGACUCGAGGAGCUCGAAGUGUGCCCGCAGCAUCUGCAUUUAAGCCCACCAAGAUACAACUAAUGUUAUAUCAUCGACUGCUUUCAGCUUUGGCUACCAACACAGUCGAUUUCUCGGUCUUGGCUGCUCGUUACAAUCUCGAUGCAACCAAGGUUUUAUCAGACGAAUUCAUCACUCAAGUUGGAAGUCUGAAUGACGAGAUCUUUUACGACGAUCCUACCGAGCCUGGAAGUCAAGACACAGAUCAGAUUGAAAGUCAAGACUCUAUGACGACACUUCUCGCCCACAAUACCCUCAAUCUCCUCUGGUCUCUCAUGGUUACCGAGUUUCAACUCACUCUUCCCGAAGGCGUUGACUCUCUUGGUCGUAUUCUGAAAGCCGAAUACAGAUCUAGGGAUGAUGGAGAGAUCGUUGGAACCAAGACCCUAGCUAUGGAUGAUCAGGAAUUGACGACAUUCAUAUCCCAUGAAAUGGAAUGGUGGAAGGGCGAGAGGCAGGCGGAAGGUGUGGUUGUCGAAGAAGCCUUCAAGUGCAGAAGCUGCGACUUCGCCGAUGAUUGCGAAUGGAGGCUCAAGAAAGUUGACGAAGCGAGGGAGAAGGCUAGAUCGUCUAGGAGGCGGACUGCUGCCGUAUAAAAUCUUGGGGAAUCGCAUGACGCAUUUGAUAAGAAAGCAUGGCGUUGGUGGAUCGGGAUAUAUCACAAUUUUGGGCGGUAGCUUGGAGCCAGGUAUUUACACAUCCAUGAACAUAUGUACAAAUCUCAAGCCACAUUCUUAUCUACAAUCCAUUUCUGCCCUCCAAUCUUUUGUUCCUUCCAUGGCAAGCAAUGACCUCACGCAUUCGCAGUCUUAUCAUUAUAGUAAUGAAUCUAGCACACCAGGUCAGCGCCAUGGCUUAACAGCCAGUCAUAACAGGAAGAAAAUGCAACUCACAGUCUGAUCCACACAUCCAGCUGGAGUCAUGUAUCCAUAGCUUCCCAAAUUGACCCAAAGACUCUGCCCCUCACAAACCAACCACGCGCUCAGAUUCGGCCUACUCACCCCAGCAACACUCCAUUGCAACGCAUCACCACUCCACGCAAACGUGCCAUACGUAUUCUUCUGUGUCUUGAACUCGACAGCCAGCUUCGUCGCCCCGGACGCGGUAUUUGCUAUCACAUUGGCAUAUAGGAAUGUCGUUGGUGUAAGCAAUUCGACGAGUUGGCCAUCUACGAUUGCGAAUUGUCCGGCUGUGGUAUAAGAUUCGAGGAUUGCGGUACCGGGGAGGUAGAUGGGCUUCGUUUGGAGGUAUUUGUGGAAGUUGGGAGCUGCGACGGCGCGUAUCCAGUAGUAGCCUGUUUGGAGUGUUGUUCCUGGGCCGGCACCACUGCCAGUUGGAACGGAGCCGCCAGCUGUCGUCGUGGUGGCGAGUGUUGUUGGUGAGCUGGUUUUAGAUGUUGUUGCUAUUGCCGUUGGGGUAGAUGAGGGAGGAGCUGUGCCGGGAAUGCAUUGCGAGUAGUCUAAGGGUCAGAUUAGAUUUUGCUGGAGGUAGGGUUGUGGAGACGAACAUUCACUGAAUUGGUGUCAGCAUGAAGAGUUAGAUAGGUUGUAAUCGCUGCUUACCUGCUGUAUGUACAGACAUAUCCGCUGACGCAUGUCGUAGCUCCUUUCCAGUUCAAUCCACCGCCUGCAUUGUCAGUAGGGCUUUCAACUGAGAUUGAAUCCCACUAUGAAUUCCCACACAUUAUAGGAUAAAGCAUAUAUGGACGAAGAUGACUCAACAUCGAGAUGUCGAGCAGAGCGACCAACAUAGACAAGGACUGAGGAAAACAAAGCACCAAACUCACAUUGACCCCAAGCAGUCUGCUGCGCAGUCACAGCUGUCACAACGGACAGUCCAAAAAGUAAAGAUCGCAUCAUUUUUUCAAACCCCAAAAGUCAACGAACAAUAAAAUAUAUACAAGUCGAAGAUAAAAUCAAGUUCCUUCACAGCACAAUACACAAAACAAGCUUCCCCAAAAACCCCCGACCGGUGCUUCUUUAUAUACGAAGUAUUUUAAAGUUUCCAUCAUGUAUAGGAAACUAUGCAUGGGUAUGAAGCAGAUCGCGGACCGACAUCACCGAAGCAAUAUAUCUGAAUUCUGCCAGAUUAAUCUGGGAUUCGCGUAUGCGCAGCUAGAGAGCCGCGUGAUGUGAGGUUGUAUCAGCUGUUUAGCGAGGCCGAAACCUGCAAUCCUCUGGAAGGCAUUUUCAGGCUGAUUGGAGCGGAAAGGGUUUGUUUGGUGGAAACGGCACCAGACGACGGGGGAGACAGGAAGUGUUAAGUACAUGGGAUCAGUGUAGGGAAUAUGAAUCCUUGCAUGGAUUUGCGGAGGACGAGGGUUUUCGGUAGUGAGGUUCCGAGAUUCAAGGGGCGGAUCACGUGUGGGGGUUGUGGGGUCAGGUUUGUUGACUUUCGUGGAGACGACGGCUUCAGAUCCGAGAG